AUGGGAGAAGGAUUGUUUAAGCUGAGAAUUUUCAUUUUUUUGAUAUCUAUAGUUAUCACAAUCACAUUGAGUCAAAUUACAAAAACACAGCAAGAAAACAAUAAAAACGAAAUGGCAGCAAGGAGUAUUCUCAAGAUGGUUUCUGCCGUAGAAAAGGCAGAAGGAGCUGGUGCAACUGUCCGGAGAUCAAUAGGUGUCCGCCAAGCUAGAAACUUCAAUCCCUUUUUGAUGUUCGAUCAUUUCUCCAGUGGAGGAAGUAAUGGGUUCCCAGAGCAUCCUCACAGAGGACAGGAAACAAUUACCUUGAUUUUGAAUGGUGCAAUGGCUCAUGAAGACUUCACUGGCUCUAAGGGUAUACUUUACGCUGGUGAUCUUCAAUUCAUGACUGCUGGAAAGGGUGUUGUUCACUCUGAAAUGCCUAUUCCUAAUGAAGAUGGCUCACCCACAGUUGGAUUGCAGCUUUGGGUUGAUCUUCCAAAGAAAUUGAAGUAUACAGCUCCUCGUUACAGAGACUUGAGAGAAUGGGAAAUUCCAGAGGUUGUUGAACAAGAUGGUAAAUUGAAGAUCAAAGUCAUAUCAGGAACAAGUCAUGGCGUUGAAUCAGUAAGGGACUUGGCUUAUACCCCAGUUCAUUAUUACUAUUACAAAAUGAAACCAGGUGCUACCUUUAAGCAGGACUUGGAUAAGGGAUUCAACUACUUCCUUUACAACUUGAAGGGAAAUAGUCUAAUACUAAAUGGAGACACAAAAGUUCCCCAAUAUACCAAUGUAUUCUUCAAUACUGACGGUGAAUACAUCACUGGAGAAAACGUCGCUAAACCAACUGACGAAAAUGGCGACGUUGAAUUCGUUUUAAUUGGUGGUCAGCAACUAGACCAAGAUGUUAUUCAAUAUGGUCCAUUUGUGACAUGCACAAGGGAAGAAGUAGAAAAGGCCUACGCUGACUAUCUGUUGGCUCAAAACGGUUUUGAAAAUAUUGCAACUUGGAAAACUUUGAUCAGCAAUGGUGUGACAAAAGACAUGAUUGAAGGUCCUUUAGACGGUAAUCUUGAAAAGAGAAAGGAGGAGAAAGAAGAAUAUCUUUUGCAUCACAAGAAUGAAAAAUCAUGA